GAAGGGAGAAUGGCGGCGGGAGGAAGAGCGGUCGCAAUUCGAGAAAGCCGAGAUAGCCCCGGCCUCUCCGCCAGUAAUCCUCUGUAUGAGACAUAUUACAAGCAGGUGGAUCCAGCUUGCACUGGUAGAGUUGGGUCCAGUGAUGCAGCUCUGUUUCUCAAAAAGUCUGGUCUUACCGAUGCUAUCUUGGGGAAAAUAUGGGAUUUAGCAGAUCCAGAGGGCAAAGGAUUUCUGGAUAAACAGGGAUUCUUCAUUGCGCUGCGGCUAAUUGCCUGUGCCCAGAGCGGUCACGAUAUCAUUCUCAGCAACUUAAAUUUGACGUUACCUCCUCCGAAAUUUCAUGACAAUACAAGCCCCCUGCUGCUUGCUUCCACAGAUGCUCAUUGGGCUGUCAGAGUAGAAGAAAGAGCCAAGUUUGAUGGCAUUUUUGAAAGCCUUUUACCAGUCAAUGGUUUACUUUCUGGAGAUAAAGUGAAGCCAGUAUUGAUGAACUCCAAACUACCUCUUGAUGUCUUGGGAAGGGUGUGGGAUCUCAGUGAUAUUGAUAAAGAUGGGCACCUUGACAGAGAUGAAUUUGCCGUGGCGAUGCACCUGGUCUACCGUGCCCUUGAGAAGGAACCCGUCCCCUCUGUGUUGCCCCCAUCUCUUGUUCCACCUUCCAAGCGGAAGAAAGUGCCAAUCUUUCCUGGGGCAGUGCCAGUUCUUCCAGCCAGUCCUCCCCCCAAAGACAGUUUGCGAUCCACUCCGUCACACGGCAGCGUCAACAGCCUCAACAGCACAGGAAGCUUAUCCCCCAAACACAGCCUGAAGCAAACACAGCCGUCUGCAAACUGGGUGGUGCCAUUGACUGACAAGAUUCGCUAUGAUGAAAUAUUUCUGAAGACAGAUUUGGACCUGGAUGGCUUUGUGAGCGGCCAGGAAGUGAAGGAUAUUUUCAUGCACUCAGGGCUUUCCCAGAACCUCUUAGCACACAUAUGGGCAUUGGCUGAUACCAGGCAAAUGGGAAAGCUCAACAAAGAUCAGUUUGCACUCGCCAUGUACCUCAUUCAGCAGAAAGUCAGCAAAGGCAUUGACCCACCACAGGUGCUGCUCCCAGAUAUGAUCCCUCCUUCUGAAAGGACCACUCCUGUCCAGGACAGCUCAAGUUCUGUUGGAUCAGGAGAAUUCACUGGCGUGAAAGAACUGGAUGAUAUCAGCCAAGAGAUUGCACAGCUACAAAGAGAGAAAUAUUCUCUGGAGCAAGACAUCCGAGAAAGAGAAGGAGCUAUCCGGCAGAAAACCAAUGAAGUUCAGGAACUGCAAAACGAUUUAGACCGGGAAACGAGCAGCUUGCAAGAACUGGAGGCUCAAAAGCAGGAUGCUCAAGAUCGUCUGGAUGAGAUGGAUCAACAAAAGGCAAAGCUGAAAGAUAUGUUAAAUGAUGUAAGGCAAAAGUGCCAGGAGGAGUCACAAGUGAUCACAUCAUUAAAAAUGCAGAUUCAGUCCCAGGAAUCAGAUCUAAAGUCCCAAGAAGAUGACAUCAGUAGAGCAAAAACUAAGUUGAAUCGCCUUCAGCAGGAAGAGACCCAGUUGGAGCAGAGCAUCCAGGCUGGGAAAGUACAACUGGAAACAAUAAUCAAAUCUUUAAAAUCCACUCAGGAAGAAAUUAACCAGGCAAGGAGUAAGUUAUCUCGGCUUCAAGAGACCCUUCAGGAAGCCAACCAGAGCAUUGAACAGUACAAUGAAGCUUUAAAUGGACUUCACAGUGGCAGCAUGACUAACCUGGCAGAUCUGAAUGAGGGAAACAUCCAAAAAGACCGGGGCGGGUUUGGGACUUUGGAUGAUCCAUUCAAGAACAAAGCCCUACUUUUCAGCAAUAAUGCUCAGGAGUUGCAGACGGAUCCUUUUCAAACUGAAGAUCCCUUCAAAGGAGCGGAUCCCUUCAAAGGCAGCGAUCCUUUUCAAAAUGACCCUUUUGCUGAACAGCCUCCUGCAGCAGCUGAUCCAUUUGGAGGUGAUCCUUUUAAAGAAAGUGAUCCAUUCCGGACAUCUGUGCCUGAGGAUUUCUUUAAAAAGCCUGAAAAAAGUGAUCCGUUCACUUCAGACCCUUUCUUGCAAAAUUCCACACUGCCCUCUAAACCAAACCUCUUUGAGAACAGUGACCCUUUCCUAACUCUGAGCAUGUCUUCUUCGAAAGGGCCAGAUCCUUUUGGGACAUUAGACGCCUUUGGUAGCAGCAGCUUCAGUACCCAUAGUAGUGAAGGAUUUGCAGAUUUCAGUCGAAUGUCAAAGUCGCAAACGGAUGUCUCUAGAAGACUUAGGAGCAGGACAUAUGAGCAGCCUCCGGCUUCUGAUCCAUUCUCCUCUUUUGGAGGAGCUGGAUUCUCUGAUGAUCCUUUUAAGACUAAAGCAGACACUCCUGCCCUCCCGCCGAAGAAAAAUAUGCCUCCCAGGCCUGAGCCACCCAGUGUUAACCAUUUAAGUAUUGGGGACGUUAAUUGAGGAGAUCUGACCUAGGAAUGACUAAACCAAGAAAGAUUUUUGCGGUUAUGAUGGAACGUUCAGUGGAAAUGUCAACCCAAAUGCAGCAGCUGUGAGGAAGAAAAAAAAAAAAGACAAAUUUUGCAUUGGUGUAAUUAUGGAACUAGAAUUGCCAAUUCGGCAUUGUAGUACAAACAUACUUGGAAUAUUGUGUAGAAACAUCCUCUCGAGGAGAUUGCAGAAAUAGCAAAAAGUGGUAGACAAAAUGUUCAGGGAUAUUGCAGUUUCCUUAUGAGAAAAUGUGAUGUAAUUUGGUGCAUUUUAGUGUGGGGUUUUUUUAAAAAAAGGGGGGGGUGUGAGAAGAAGAAAUUUAUAAAAUUAUGUGCAAUGUAGAUAAAAUGGGUGAAGAGCUAUUUUUCCCCCUCUCAGAUUUGAAACCCUGGAUUGGGAAAUUAUAGUCUACUUGACCACGGAUUCAAAUAGCAUAAAAGAGAAAUUCAAUAGAUAUUCAACCAGUCGGGUUGCUUUAUCCCUGGGAUCAGAGAAGAUCAGGUUGCUGAAUGUCAAUGUUUGGGUAGUAAAUAGCAGCCAGAAAUUGUUAUUAUGACCCUACUCUGUUCUGAUUGGCCAUGGGAUGUAAUAGGAGACAGCGACUAAAUCUGUUGAUAGGAUUUACCGUAUUUUUCGGAGUAUAAAACACUCCGAACUAUAAGGCGCACCUACGUUUUUUGGUGAGGAAAACACGAAAAAGAAAUCUGCCACUGUUUUCCAGCAAUUUACCUUGUUGCAGAAAGCAGCAGAGGCCCGCACAGCAAUAGGCAAUGGCAAUCCCUGCAGCCUGAAACAGCUAAGAGUCGGGAGGCUGAUCCAGCAACAAUCAACUUGUGCUAAUUAGGCUGUGUUGAAGUUGAAAUGGGCUGUUUCUUCUUGCUGCUUGCUGCAAGGAGGCAAACUGCUGGGAGGCAGAGGCCAAAGGGUGCGGUCCAGUUGAGUGAGUGAGGCUACAUUCGGUGUAUAAGACUCACCCAAAUUUUUUUCCCCUUUUAGGGGGAAAAAAGAUGCGCCUUAUACUCCGAAAACAUACGGGUAAUUCUACUCAGUAUAAUCCUUAGUUUGGCUGUAGAACCACUGAGUGGGAUAUCAGGAAAAUCUUCAGGCAUAGUAGUUAAGACUUUCAUAUACAGUGGACCAGAUCUUUCCCAACCGGGUGUCCUUGUCCUGUAACUCCUAACAUUCCCAGCCCAGCAUUACAACCUGGCUUUGAUAGGACAACAUAGCCAACUCACCAGGGCAGCAAAGAACUAACAAGUUGGUUGAACCCCAUUCUUUUGGAUCCUGAAAUUAUUUUACCUAUGACUGCCAAAUCCAGACAGCAAAAAGCUGGAACAACACCAGAUGGUAGCAGAGAGCUAUAGAACAUCUCUUUGCUGCCACCUUGUAGUCAUCUGGAUUUUUGCAGCCCAGAUCUAGUAAUCUGAUUUUACUUCUUUAACUGUUUCCUAUGUUGAGGUAGAUAAUGAUUUGUGUAAUCUUUUGCAUGUUGGGACAUUCCAUAUCAACAAGCAUAAUGGUGAUGAAGAAGCUCAAAAAAGACAGCUAGAGAUAUGACCAGAAAUCUGCUGUCGCAAUGAAUGGUUUUGUUUUAGGGAAAAAUAUGGAGAAAGGGAAGGCAAAUUGAAGGCUUAGAGAAUUAUAAUGAGAACAGUUCAUAAAGAUUCCACUUUCUUCUAAUACUAGAACUUGAAGCAUUGUAUAAUGGUUUGAUUUGGGUGGCCAUCCACUUGCUAUGCAACUUUGGGUAACUAACAUCCAUUUCAGAAACUGAUUAACACCCUAGGAAUUGGGGCUUGUUUUAAAGGUGUAUCUUUACAACCUACUUAUGAAGAAGCCUUCCCCACAAAUUUAUCCUGCCACCCAGCAUUUGAGAGCAAAUACAGUGAAAAGAUUGUGCAUUAAAAAUCCAUAAUUACUGAAAAGCAGUGUUUACGUUCCAAAGUUUAAAAAAACAACAACCAACAAGCAAAACCACCCACAGGUUUACUGCUGGCACAGUUGUAUCUACAUCUGGAAGAGAUUUGAGGGUGCUACCAAAAUAGCUAUCAAGUAAACUAAAAAUGAGACUCAAAUUAUAGCCUUGA